AUGGGGUGUGUACGAGCAAGCCCACCCCAGCUCGCCACCUCUCUGGUCCGCCCCAGACCCCCUAAAAACCCUCUUGAGGCGCAAGGCCACUGUCCAGGCCUCUUCAUCUUCCUGAUAUAUGGGGUGUACAACACAGAGGUGCGAAGUACCGUCAACAGGAUCAAGGAGAGACGAAAAGCACUUAAUUUUUCAAACGGUGCGAGCUCCAGACCAUCUAGUUCCACGACCUCUCGGCCCACCAGCCUCCCCCUGAGUCCGAGCCAAGAGGAGACCCACACUGGGUCCAGCUGCAGCAGUGGUCCAGGCCCGGCCCGACCGGAGGAGCCGGCGGCAUUGGGAUCUCGCUCGUACAAGGUCGGCUCUUUUCUUGGUGAGUGGGGGCCUGGUGUGAGGGCCUGGUGGCUGGGGGCCUGGUGUGGGAGCCUGGUUUGGGGGCCUGGUGGGUGGGGGCUUGGUGUAGGGGCCUUGUGUGUGAGGGCCUGGUGGGUGUGGGCCUGGUGUAGGGGCCUGCUGGGUGGGGGGCCUGGUGGGUGGGGGCCUGGUGUGGGGGCCUGGUGUGGGGGCCUGGUGUGGGGGCCUGGUGUGUAUGGAGGCCUGGUGUAG